UAGAGCAGCUACGCAGCACAUAGUUGGAUAAGUGUAUAAAAACUAGGCUUUCCGAAUAAAUUGUUAAUCAUCGAUAACUUAGUUAUACUAUUUUAAACAAUAUGUGACGUAGGUAUAAUGUUCAAAACUAGAAUUUAAGAUCAUUAGGAAUUGCUUAAUAGGCUUUUAAAUUACUAGUUCAGAAAGCUCCAUGAUAUAUUUUAAUAAUUUGCAUGUUUAGUGAGAUGCAAUGGUGGAAAUGUCGAUGGCUAUCUCAUGUUUAGUAUUUCACGUAUUGCAAUUGCUAUAAGUAUGUAGAUAAAAAUGUUCCAGGGUUGAUUUAUGGGGACGUGGAAUCUUAUAUCUGGGAACUAUGCGAAAUUCUUAAAAAACCUCCACUCGGAGCAGAUCAACAAGCUGUGCAUGAAGAACCAGCACGAGUGUGACCUUUUGGAAGAUAUUCGAACAUUUACGCUUAAAAGGUCAGCGAUAGAGAAAUCCUAUUCUGAGGCACUACUAAAAAUAUCAUCUGCCUACCUAAAUAAGAAAAUUCCCAAUAUUCCAGACAUAAAGUUAGAAGGCGGUGAGGAAAAAUGGAAUAUGUGGAGUGUAUGGAGGACUGUUUUGGAAGAGAAUGAAAAGUUAGCCAGAGCUCGGCUAGCCGCGGUAGAAGUAUUUCAGCAACAGAUCGCCGAUGACGCCAAGGUCCUUCGAUCCCACAAAGUUCAAAUGGCGAAAAAGGUAGUGGAUCACUUAUCAUUGGUUCAUAAAGAGCUUCAAGCUUGCGUUCAGGACGUGGACAAAACUAAGAAACUUUACUUUGAUGAAGAGCACACGGCUCACGACGUCCGGGAUAAAGCUAGAGAUAUCGAGGAAAAGUUGAAGAAAAAGAAAGGUUCAUUCUUCCAGUCCAUUACUUCACUUCAGAAGAAUAGCCAAAAGUUUUCCAGCAAAAGAGACCAAUUAGAAGAAAAAUCUACAGGUGCCCGAAACGAUUAUCUUCUUUGCCUGGCCGCAGCAAAUGCCCAUCAAACAAGAUAUUUUGUCACUGACUUGCAACUUGGUAUGAACGCAAUGGAAAGCGGCGUGUACGAUAAGGUGGCGGAAUAUUUAACUUUAAUGGGUAGGACUGAACUCCUCACAUGUAAAGCAAUGGAAAAUUCGUUUUCGACUAUUCGUGAUCAAGCCAAACAACUGACCAGAGAGUACAACUUGCAAUGCUGUUAUCUGUACUAUCCUGUAUUGAAACAACACAUUCAGUAUGACUUUGAGCCAUGCGACAUGGACCCAGUGGAUCACAUAACUGUAGACCACGAUUCGGCGGCAGCAACUUUGAGCAAGGAAGCAAGGCGUUGGGCAACUAAAAUUGCAAGAGAAAAUAACAAUAUUAAAGAAAAUAUCAGAAAACUGCAGACAUACAACGCAAUGAGAGAAGCUGGACAAAAGACUGAUCCAAAUGAUCCCAAUGGGCCUGAUCUAGAAACAAAAAUUGAGGAAGCAAAGCAAUGCAUUCGAAGAGCGGAAACAGCAAAAGUGAAAGCUGAAGCUAGAAUAGAAUAUCUGAGGGAAGGAGGAGUGAAUGUUGAAGACUGGCUGCAGGAAGCUGAGUCCUUAAAUGUACAGGAUAUACAAAGAUCUGCAAGUUCACUUUCGGUAAUAGAAGUCUACAUUUUAGACCAUUGGUUAAAAUGUACUUUUUGUCUAUUGCAGGAUCAUCCCAGCUCGGAUUCGUUUUACGACAGCGACUUUGCAGAGGGAGAACAAGUGACGGCACCAAUAGAAUCUGUGAAACAGGAGAAGGAGCCUGAAGAGUUACAGCAGGAGCAGCUUGAGAGUCAAGAGGUGGAUGGUGAGUGGGCUGUAUUGGAACAAGAGAGGCAACGAAUUGAGCAGCUAACCGCCGGUUGGGACGAUCCCACACAAGUUGAUUGGGGAGCUGAAGAAGAAGCAAUGGGAAAAACCGAAGAUUUUCAAUUGGGUUCGCCACCACCUAGUGGACCGCUUUUAAGAUGUACAGCCCUUUAUUCUUAUACGGCACAAAACCCGGAUGAACUCACAAUCGUUGAAAAUGAACAAUUGGAAGUUGUGGGUGAAGGAGAUGGUGAUGGAUGGCUGAGGGCUAGAAACUACCGAGGAGAGGAAGGCUAUGUGCCUCAUAAUUAUUUAGAUAUUGAGCGAGAACAGUCUGCAACUACUCCUGGCCUACAGGCUCAGAUUUCGUUUUCAUCUGUCGAUUACACGAUCGAUAAUGAGGAAGAAAAUCAGCCUCAAACUGAAACUACCCAAUCUCCAGAACAAAUUUCUGUAAUUUCCAUGCCGAUCCAGAAAACUAUGAGUGGCAGCGAUGCUCCAACGUCAUACUGCAUAGCUUUAUACGACUACGAUGGAGAAGGAGGUGAAGAAUUGACAUUUGAAGAAGGACAAAUCAUUAAAGUUCUAAGCAAAUGUGCUCAUAGUAUUGAUGAUGGUUGGUGGCAAGGCGAGCUAGAAGGAAGAAUAGGAAACUUUCCUUCGCUCGUAGUAGAAGAAUGUGAUGAAUUUGGGGAACCUCUGACGAACCAGUGGGAUGAAACGCCUCCUCAAUCCGCCCCUCCAGUUUUCACUCCUCCAGAUAUUCCGAAUUUUCUGAAGGAGCCGGCUGAAGACUUUCCCGAGCCCCCAUCAUCCGUUGAACAACCAUCACAGCCGGCUCCAGUUCUAAACGAGGAAACGGAGAUAGAAAAUGAUAUAAUUAGAAAGUCACCGCAGUCGGAUGCGAAUUUUAAUUCAUUUUCUAUUGAACUGACUCGAACGCAGCACCAUCAGUAUGAUACACAAUUUGAAGACGAUUCAAAUGCAGUUCCCACAAUUGGAAUUCCAAGUCUCGAGAUCAGUGAUGAGAAUGGAAAAGAAAUUGCUCAACCCAAUGAUAAAGGUGGCGAUGACUUUAGCCUGGGUGUUGCUCAAAUUGUAAUCACAGCAGCGACACCCAUGAUGGAAGAGCCAGAACAGCCGUUUCCUCCUCCCGAGGAGGAUGUGGUUAUUGUAAAUCAUCAGAAUGACGUGAUAGAAGAAGAAACAGAGGAAGAUUUUGAAACUGAAGAUGACAACGAGCGACAUGUCCAAAUUAUAUGUUCAUACGAUAGGCGGAUCGACACCAUAGAGGACAGUCCAGAGGCGAUAAUUGAAGAAGCUGAUGAUAGCGAAAAAAAAAUUGAUGUAGCUUUGAAUAGAGAAUGUGAUAUAGAAGUAGAAGAAGUAGAAGAACCUGAGCCAACCGCAGAUUCAGGGUCUGGACAGCUUGUAAUUAGUAGCAGUACGGGGAGUGAUGGCGAAACAACAGGGCCCAGCACGGCAGAAAAUUCCGUAAGCCAAGCCCCAAUGCCUGCUGAUUCCGACCCCCCAAAGCAAGUAGUAGGCGGUAGAGCGAGUAUACCAGAUGAGUUAGAACCUCACCAACUAGCAAGGCUGCAAGACCUAAAGGAGUCUAAUGCCUAAACAUCGUUUCAGGUGAAGAGUCAUUUUCUUAGAGAAGUGUUUGGAACAAAGAAGACUAAACUCUAAGAAUCGCUUGGAAAGCAAAUAUUGUUAAAUGCUGCUAUGAACGAUGCGUGAAAUAUAGAUGGUUUUGAUAGAAAUUUGACUGACCUAAAUAAGCUUCGAAUGCGCAGAUUGUUUAGUGUUAAUGUCCAAAUAAGUUUAUUAUUUGUGACUGUCUUGAACAUUUCAGUGUUAAACUUUUUAACAUCAAUAUUUUGUUUUCGUCUUGAACAAUUCUUUUAAUCGGCAAUCAGCGGCGUAGUAACGCAGUUAAUUUGUAAUAUAAACUUUAUUAAGUUCGGAAAUCUGAUUGUUAAAUUGUUGGUACCUACCUGCUAAAGCUGUUUUAAUAAAAAUAUGUUUUGGGCGAAGUUCAUUCCUGAAAUAAAAGUAAUUAACAAAUUAUAAAAUUAUAUUACAAAAACGACUCUAAUCACACUGCAUAUAAACUAAUGCGCGUUAAUGUUUGUACCUAAUUUGUUACACUUAUUUGUUGUUAGAUGUUUUUAUAUGAUUACAACUUAUAUUAAGCUUAUCGACAAAACGCUGUUGAUAAAAAUAAUUCGAGCUUUAUCUUAGUUUCCUCAACGAUUAGAAUAUAUAUUCUAGCAUUGAAAAGCAGGCACUACGAGACAAGAAUAUUUUUUUGUAUACUGAGCGUUUCAAAAGGCAUAUGCCGAAAUUCGCAUUAAUCCAUCAUUUUAAAAUUAAGUCAAAAGUGGUUACAACUGUAGGCCCGUCUAAAACUCUUGUCUUUAUUCAAGUGAAAACUAGUUUUUACGCAUUUACUCUACAGAUAAUUAAAACUGUAAGGUAAAGCAUAUGUGGACUUGAAUUUAUAAGAACCAAUCACUCUAUUUUAAGUUGAUUAAGUCAAGGUGUUUUGAAACAUUGGAUAUGUAUGUAUUAUUUAAAACUCUUACGCUUAUGUAAAUGAAGUACCUUAUUAAGGUAAAUUCAUCAUCACUUAUGUAAUAUAAAGGUUUCUGUUUGGCAAAAUGUUCAUCUAGCUAAAGAACAAAUCUUCAGCGCGUGUGCACACUGAAGAUCUUUAAAGCUUGAAUGUGUGGAGAAUGUGAAUAUUUUAUAGAAAAUCGUUUUUAAAUUUUAAACACUUUACAUAUUCAUCAAGCAUAACAACGAGUAAAACUAGCCAGGCCACAAAGAAAAAAUAUUUUUGUCUUUAAUCUUAGUACUUUCCUUUAAUUGUUACUACGUAAAUCUUGCCCCGUAAUUAUAUAUUCAAAUAGUUACCUAAAUUUGUAUUAUUUAGUUGUUCACAUUGUAGUUUACUAGGGCAAAGAAGGAGAUAAGUAGUUUUGAACGUCUCGAUAUGAAAAUACGUUUUAUACUGUUAGAGUAUAUAAAGUAUACCAAAUAACGGACAAUGGAUUUAAAAAAAGUCAAUAUUACAAUAUUGUUAUGCGUUAUAUGAAACGCAUCUCACUUCUAAGGUGUUUAUUCCGAACGAAAGUCUUGGUGUAUUUUUGGACUUUGUUUUUUUAACACCUCCAUAUUUGUAUUUUCUAUAAACUUUUCUGAGUCAUUGUAGUUCCAUCAACGUCUUAAGUAGUCAGUUGUCCCCAUAAUAACUUUUAAAAAAGCAAUAAAUAUUUAUUGCCUGUUUUCACUAAAUACGAAUUGGCUAGGUGAUGUUAAAGCGAAUCAAAGAGUGAUCCCUUAGUAAAUAACUUUGUAGUAGAACCCGGAUUUCAAAUAAUAAUUUUAGUGCUAGAAGUUCAAACUUGAAAUUUCUUCUGUGUUACUUUGUAAUUUAAGCAAUAAUGUUUUCAUGUUUUCUAUUAAUAGGUAUUCUAUAGUAAUAUGUCUGGCCCUGUAGUUAAUGUUUAUAUGAUGGUAACGUAAUAGCAUGGCUAUUGCUAACGCACUAUAUAAAUUUCCGUAGAUAAUGGCAAUUUAUUUUGAUUUGUGUGUUUAAUUACUGUAUAUCAAUCACAGUAUAUUUUAUAGACAUAUUUGUGUAAAUUUUACCUACUGAUAUUGUGGGUCUGCGUUCAAUUUUUGCCUAAAACCUUUCAAAUAAAGUGUCACCUUUAUUAAAUCGCGGAAAUGUUGUACAAACUCAUACGGAAGACUAAAAAGAAUACUUAUAAUUGAUUAUAUUACCUGUCUUCUUUCAGCGGUGCCUUCUUAUUAAAAAUCCCAGUUCGUCUUUGAAAACUUUUUUUAUAUUGUACAUGUUCCUAAUUGCUAACUGAUAGUAAGCACACUAUGAUACAAGCAAUCUUGUUGCUACUUUACUUAUUGUUAUACGUUAUUAUUUACAUAUUUUACACUAAAAGCGAAGUUCAACAUUUGAGUGUUUUUGGUUAACCAGAACCGUGGUGGGUGGACAUUUGCUUGUUUUGGUGUAUUGAACAAAAUAAGUUUCUUUCAAUCUCUCUCUUUCCAAAACAGCUUUUUACAGGAUAUCAGAAAACAUCCUCUUGUAUCUAUAUGUAUCAUAUAGAUGUAUAUAAAGGUAAGACGUUUACGCUAACAAAUAUAAAAUAAAUACAAUCACAUGUCGAUGAAUGGGCCUUUAAGCAAUUGCAUUAAAGUUUGGGAUAUUUGCCAAAAAUUAGUGUGCGAUUUAACAAACUCUCUAAAACAUUAAUCUGUUUUGGCAAGAUCGAACUUAGCAUACAACCCCCGUUUAGAAUAGGUACCUAAGCUAUAUUUCUAUAUCUGAUCCGUUCUGUGUAUCAUCAAAAAUAUAAAAUACAUCAUUUACGUAGA